GAUGUCCAUCCCCAACGAGAAGCUACAGCAGCUCCUCCAAGAAAUCGAACAAAAAUCCGCUUUCGCCCAACAACAACUCGGCAUCGUCCGCGCUCAAAUCGCUUCCAAAAACCGAGAGUCUCGAAUGCUGCAACUCUCCGCCGUCGAACUCGACGCUUUGCCGAAGGAAACUCCACUUUAUGAUGGUGUUGGGAAGAUGUUCGUCCUCACAUCCACCACCGCAGUGAAAACCCGCCAAACCAAAGAGGCCGAAGACGUCAAGGCCGAAUUGGCGAAUCUGGAUAAGAAAUUGAAUUAUCUCGAUAUGACGUAUAAGAAUAGUCAGUCGCAUAUGGAGGCGUUGUUUAAGCGGGGGGGAUGAUGAUGAGGGAUGGGAUGGAAUGGGUUAUUUUGAGGGUGGGGUUGAGGUUCAGAGGAUGAGGGCUGAAGAG